ACGUUCAACCUGUGGGGGCGAUACUGAGCUCUUACUACAGAGGAAACAGUGACGGGAGAAGAAGAAGAAGAGUUUGACUCGCGUUGGGCGCGUUGUUGUUGUUGUUGUUGGUUCUGUUUGCGGUGGUUCUGUUUGGACACGGCGGACAGCUGCCUGAGCCAUGAGUGAGUUCCGGAUCCACCACGAUGUGAACGAGCUGCUCAGUCUGCUUCAUGUGCGAGGAGGCGACGGAGCCGAGGGCUACAUAGACCUACUGCAGAAACACAGGACUCCCUAUGUCAACACCACAGUCUCUUCUCACAGCGCCAAGGUCAAAUUAGCCGAGUUCUCUAAAACCCCGGAGGACUUCCUGAGGAAGUACGAGGAGCUCAAGUCCAAAAAUGUUCGGAACCUGGACCCUUUGGUUUAUCUGCUCUCCAAACUCUGUGAGGACAAAGAGAUGCUCCAGCUUCUGCAGCAGAACGCCAAAGAGCGGGCGGAGUCAUCGGCCAACACCACUUCGACCACAACCACCAGCUACUCUCUGCCUCAGACCAGCACCAAGAUGUCCAUGCAGGAGCUGGACGAGCUGCGGAAGAAGCUCGGCAACGUGACGGCGAGCUCCAGCGCUCCUCUGUCUGCUGAGGUCACACGGAAGAUGCUGCGGGACAAACACAACAAGAAGAACCCGACCCAACCCAACCCGGUGUUCCCCAACUGGGUGUACGACCGUCCCGCUCUCCUCGGAGACUUCAUCACCAGCCCCGCCCCUGCAGCAGAUCCAGCAGUGGCCAUCGGUACUUUGCCCAUGGCCACUCAGGAACAAGCUCUGGUGGAGGAUCUGCUCUUCGUCCUGAUUGGAGUCGACGGGCGCGACAUCACCGCUCAGCCGGUGCUGGGGAGGCAGAACCGCUCGUUCAUUGUCGACGCGACGCUGGACAUGUCCAUCAAAGAGCUGGUCAGCAGAAUAUUACCGGUCGCGUCGUAUUACUCCACCAUCACACGUUUCAUCGAGGAGAAGUCGUCCUUCGAGUACGGCCAGGUGAACCACGCGCUGACGGCGGCCAUGAGGACCCUGAUGAAGGAGUACCUGAUCCUGGUCACGCAGCUGGAGCACCUCCAGCGACAGGGCCUGCUGUCCCUGCAGAAGCUCUGGUUCUACAUCCAGCCCACCAUGAGGACCAUGGAGAUCCUGGCCUCUCUCGCGUCCUCGGUGGACAAAGGAGAGUGUAUGGGCGGCUCGACGCUGAGCCUCCUCCACGACCGGACCUUCAACUACACGGGAGACAGCCAGGCCCAGGAGCUGUGUCUCUACCUCACCAAGGCCGCCAGCGUCCCUUACUUUGAGAUCCUGGAGAAGUGGAUCUACAGGGGCAUCAUCAAGGACCCGUACAGUGAGUUCAUGGUGGAAGAGCACGAGCUGCAGAAAGAGAAGAUUCAGGAGGAUUACAACGACAAGUACUGGGAUCAGAGAUACACCAUUGUUCAGCACCGCAUUCCCUCCUUCCUUCAGAAGAUGGCAGACAAAAUAUUAAGCACAGGAAAGUACCUGAAUGUGGUGCGGGAGUGCGGCCGCGACGUGACGUGUCCGGAUGCGAAGGAGGUUCUGUACACGCUGAAGGAGCGGGCCUACGUGGAGCAGAUCGAGAAGGCCUACAACUACGCCAGCAAGGUCCUGCUGGACUUCCUCCUGGAGGAGAAGGAGCUGGUUUCACGCCUCAGAUCCAUCAAGCACUACUUCUUGAUGGACAAGGGCGAUUUCUUUGUGCACUUCAUGGACCUGACGGAGGAGGAGCUGAAGAAGCCGGUGGACGACAUCGUGCCGCCGCGACUCGAAGCCCUGCUGGAGCUCGCCCUGAGGAUGAGCACGGCCAACACGGACCCCUUCAAAGACGACCUCAAGAUCGACCUGAUGCCUCACGACGUCAUCACCCAGCUGCUGCGCGUGUUGGCCAUCGAGACCAAACAGGAGAAGUCCAUCAUCAACGCCGACCCGACGGACGUGGGCCUCAGCGGCCUGGAGGCCUUCUCCUUCGACUACAUCGUCAAGUGGCCGCUGUCGCUCAUCAUCAACAGGAAAGCCCUGACGAGGUACCAGAUGUUGUUCAGACACAUGUUCUUUUGUAAACACGUCGAGCGGCUGCUGUGCAACGUGUGGAUCAGCAACAAGGACUUCAGGCAGUACGCUCUACAUUCGGCCAAAUGGUUUGCUGCUGCGUUCGCCCUGCGCCAGCGCAUGCUGAACUUCGUGCAGAACAUCCAGUACUACAUGAUGUUCGAGGUGAUGGAGCCCACCUGGCACAACAUGGAGACCAACCUGAAAACCGCGUCGAACAUCGACGACGUGCUCUGCCACCACACCAGCUUCCUGGACAACUGCCUGAAGGACUGCAUGCUGACCAACCCCGAGCUCCUGCGCAUCUUCUCCAAACUCAUGUCCGUCUGUGUCAUGUUCACAAACUGCAUGCAGCGGUUCACUCAGAGCAUGAGGCUGGAGCGUCUCUCUCUGGAGCGAGGGGCCACGGACGGACCUCCGACGCAGAGCGAACACGCUGAGGAGGCAGAGAAGAAGAGGCUCACCACCAAGUUCCUGGCCGAGCACGUGGACGCCCUCCAGUCAGACGCCGGCUUCGAGGCCACCAUCAUCAAGUUUGACAGUAACUUCAGCACGUUGCUGCUGGAGCUGCUGGACAAGCUGAGCAUCUACAGCACCAACGACUGUGAGCACAGCAUGAUCAGCAUCAUCUACAGGCUGGAUUUCAACGGCUUCUACACGGAGCGUCUGGAGCGGAUGGCCGUGGAGCGUAGUCAGAAAGCAGCAGUGUAGCAUGUUGUGUUUGUGUGAAUAUGUGUAUUAAUUAUCAUCCGGCAAUAAGGACGUCCUUUCUUUUCAUCGGUCCACCGGUCCGACAACAACCGCCCAGAUAUUUUUCACACGUUUUAUUGUAUCUCAUGUCGUCACAUCAAUGCUUCGCGUGUACAUUUUUAAGACCUGUGUAAUAUGUUCAUUAAUAUGUUUACUCGCCUCUGAAGAUGUAUGAAAGUGCUCAUGGGUCAUUUCUCGUACCUGUACAGUGGAAACAUGUUUGUAUUAUUGCGCUUCAUUAAAAAACAAGACGUUUGCUCCUGAACUUGA